ACAUUCAACAUCUUCAAUUGUUUUAAAGUAUUGAUUCGUCUGGUCAGUAUCAAGAUGUUACUCCGUUUCUUUGCUAUUUUAUUAAUUUUUCAUUUCUCAUUUGCUGCUGAUGGAAUAUUUGAAGCUGUUAUUGAGAGCUAUAAAGAUGCUCUUCCACCAAAAGUUGUUGCGGCUUUUGAUAAUUUGAGUCCAGGGGAAAGUGCUAUUAUGAAAGAAGUAUUCAUGAAUUAUGAUAAAUUUACAAGUAUUGCUGAUCUGAUUGUUGCAAUCAAGAAGAAAUCGGAAUCACUUGGAUCGUUUUUCGAGAAACUUUACAUUGAAAUUGACGCUGAAAUUCAGGCAUUAACACCGGAAACAAAGAAAUUUGUAACUGAAAUGUUAGGAAUUGGCAGAGCAAUUUAUACUGCACAAAUUGUUGGAAUUCCAUUAGAUUCUAAAGAAGUCCUACCUGUAUUUGCAAAACAAUUUACUUCGUUCAAAUCACUAUCGGAUGCUACAAAGGAAGAACUUGAAAAAACAUUCCUCGGUCUCUACAAAUUCGCUUCAAACGACAAGAUCAAGACUGAGAUUGAUAAAUUGUUGUGAUAUGAUAGCAAUGAAUAAAUACUGUGGUUUAUGUUUUGGGUUUCAUAAUAAUAAAAAAAUCCUCAAAUUU